AUGGCUUUCAAGAAACUCUGCGAGGUCUAUCUCGUAGUUGCCAGCUUCUCUAACGUACAUGCCGCAACCGUCAACGCCCCCAAAGUCAUCGCUAGAGAUGUCGUCGUCAUUGGAGGUGGAGCAGCCGGCUCCCAUGCUGCUUUUCGACUCCAACAAGAUUACAAUAAGAGUGUCGUCUUGAUUGAGAAGGAAGCCAUCCUUGGCGGCCACGUAGACACCUACCUCGAUACCUCCACCAUCCCUCCCAUCCCCCGCGAAUACGGCGUACAAGUCUACUUCCCCUACCUCGACGGGCUCGAUUUCAUCUCCCGCUUUAACCUGACCCUUCUCCCUGGUCUCGGCCCCCGCGGCGCCACCAUCACCCGCAACAUCGACUUCGCCAGCGGUCUCGAGCUUCCCUCCAACUACACCGGCCCGGACCCCUUCAGCACCACCACAGCCAUCAUCCGCUUCCACGACCUGAUGGUCUCCCAGGGCUGGGACAAGAUGGUUGAACCGGGAUUCUGGAACUUGCCUCCCGGCCCUCAGAUUCCCGAGGACUUGCUUUUGCCCAUUGGCAAGUUCGCAAAGAAGUGGAACGUGACCGACGCGUUGCCGACUAUGUACCAAUCCACGGGCGGCGGUCCAGCCGCUCGCCAUCGUAACUUUACCGAUAUCAUGACCCUCACCUUCCUGCAGUCCUUCUCCCCAGCCUGGAUGAAAGUCUUCUUCGGGCAAGCCGGCAUGUUCCACAUCGACGGUGGCAACCAGCUUCUCUACAACGCCAUCCACUCUUCCCUCGGCAAAGAGAACGUGCUCACGAACUCCAUCGUUUCCAGCGUCCGGCGCCCGGAAAAGGAGGGUGAUAAGCGCGGCAUCGAGGUGACCAUCCGCACCACCACCUCUGGGAAAUCCGCGACCACUACAGUGAUCCGCGCCAAAAAAAUCCUCCUCGCCAUCCCUCCCACCCGCGAAAACCUGAGCCCUUUCGACUUGAACGCAGUCGAAAGCGAUCUUUUCCGCCGUCCCAAAUACGGCCGCUACGGCACGGCCAUCGUCUCCUCUCCCGCUUUGCCGAGGGGUUACGAGCUGCAUAACACGCCCAUCCUCGCGGCCACCGACCCCAACAAGCCGUUCAUCAACGAGCCGCACAUUCUCGAGUUUUCCAGCUACGGAAAUGAUAGUGAACUGUUCAGCAUCGGCACGAGCAGCUCCGGGUUGAGCUACGGGGAGUUCGAUGAGCGGGAGGCGAUCAAGGUGGCGCAGCAGAGUUUGGAUCGGAUGGUUGCUGCUGGGACUGUGAAGGGUGCAGGUGCAGGUUCAGCGGGUGGGAAGAAGGGUGGAAAGGAAAGCAAGUUGAAGGUGUUGGAGUACUCGGAUCAUGGACCGGGUGGAUAUGGGGUGACUGCGGAGGAUAUGAGGGCGGGGUGGAUGGAAAGGUUGUAUAAGUUGCAGGGGAGAAGGGGGACCUGGUAUACGGGGAAUGCGAUUGCUAUGGAUUUUAGCACGCAGUUGUGGAAGAUGAAUGAUGAGGUUUUGAGGAGGAUGUUAGAGAGUUGGUAG